CCGAUAUGACCUAGACCGACCUCAAAUAAUUAUUAACUAUUACAUAUUUUUCGAAUUCCAGAUGAAAACUAUGGUAACCCAAUAUAUUUUUGUGUGCAAUCACAUUAAGGUACAAUAUCAUUCGCAAAAGAAACAAUACAGUGGUGUUUUUUUACAUUGGGUACAUUUGUGCGCAGUAAUAAAAUACCUGUACACCGUUUACCUGAAUUUGAGUCACGUGACCAAUUCGUUUAGUUCAUUCAGGUGUUUCUUUUCAAAACAUGAACUCAAAUGCGGAAAUAACGUAAAUUCACACACACGAACACUUUGACAAUCAGUUAUGUACACUUUAAUCAGACCGGCCUUUUUAGGCAUUUUAUUUUUGGUAAUGGCCUACGUUGUUCAAUCCCAGAAAUACAAUGUAGUAGUGCGAUGCAGUCACGGAGAAGUGGAAGGGUUCACGAUCAACUCCCAGUACGAGGCGUUCCCUAGGAGGCGAAUCAACGUAUUCCUGGGGAUUCCGUACGCCAAGCAGAUCGGCCAGUAUCAAGACUGGAGACGAGAGUUCAGAUUCAAUAAACCAGAGAAGCCAUCCUGGGUGGGCGUGUGGGAUGCCAAGUACUACCGCCCCGCCUGUCCGCAGCUGCCCUGGUUUGUCAAGCAGACCAAUCCUUCCUUCAACCGGGAGAAACACACCAGCGAGGAUUGCCUGUAUUUAAAUAUAUUUGCGCCAAAUAACACAGAGGAGCUCCCACAGAGUUCCCCAGCCUUGUAUCCGGUGAUGGUGUUUAUUCAUGGGGGUGGCUGGACCAUGGGCGCAUCUCAACAGUACCCCGGGGUGUUCCUGGCUGAAAGGGGGGUCGUUGUGGUCACAUUCAACUAUAGGCUCAACGCUUUAGGAUUUUUGAGCACUGCGGACCGGUAUGCACCAGGAAACAUUGGGCUGUUUGACCAGCAAAGAGUGCUGGAGUUUGUUAAAGAUAAUAUACGUUACUUCCGAGGGGACCCUAACAUGGUGACGCUGUUUGGUCAUAGCACUGGGGCAGCCAGUGUUGGUCUACACCUUCUCUCACCUAGAUCUGACAAAUUUUUCCACCAAGCGAUCAUGAUGUCAGGCUCAGAUCGCACGCAGUGGGCAGUGCUACCAACGAGCGAAGAUGCCGCCUACUAUGCCACUGAGCUAGCACGAGAGACCGGCUGUCCUCCCAACGAUAACUUCAGGCUGAUCCGAUGUCUCCAGGAGCAUAGAAGUGCUGAUGAAAUAGUGAAUGCUUCUGCUAGAGUGAGAGUAAAGGAGGGAACUGUUGGCACGCCAUGGUGUCCAGUGGUAGAUGGCCCCUUCCAGGGCUCUCAAUUUGCCUUCCUGGUUGACCACCCGCGCGACAUGCGCAUGCAGGGGCGCUUCCAGAAACUGAGGGUCAUGGGCGGGCUUGUGGCCGACGAUGGCUCGUAUUUUAUCCCCAACAUGCCAUCACUGGAGGAAGGCAUCUCUCCGACACAGUUUGACAAUAUCAUCCUGGAGUUCCUGCGCGACCUCAAGGUCAAAGACAUGGUGAACCCCAUGGAGGCGCUACGCUUUGAGUACUCGUACUGGCCUCAGAAGUCCAACUACUCCUAUAUACGGCAUGAGCUCAUGAAUAUGAUGUCCGACUAUCUGUUUGGUACAGGAAUGGACGAGACACUACGCUCUCAAAAUCUCUACAACCGCACCUACAUGUAUGUGUUCUCCUACAAGUCCAGCUACGACUAUGUGCCAACGUGGAGAGGUGUUUCACACGGCUCAGAACUCCAGUACGUAUUUGGCUACCCGUUCAUCAACUCAACCUACCAGAAAUUGUUUGGCGUUUUCCCACGGCAAGAAUAUGAGCCCUUCAAUUUUACAGACAGAAAUGUCAGCAGUGACAUGAUGUCAUUGUUCACUAACUUUUCAAAAUCUGGACAGCCAACCUUACAGAAAUUGGAUGUGUGGGGCACUGGGCCGGUUUCCUGGCUGGAAUAUAACCUACAAAAUCACAGCUAUCUGGAGAUAGGCAAGCCAGUAUCUAACAAAAUCAACUAUAGGCAGCGAGCGUAUGUGUUCUGGCGAGAAUAUUUUCUGGCUCUAACUAACAGAGCUGCCUUCUAUACGACAAGCACCUCAAAGCAGUUGGGUGCCUCGGAGUACCAGAUUGCAACGUAUUCUGUUGCAGCAUUAGCAGGUGUGCUCAUUGUAAUCUGUGUGGCUCUAGCGAUUGUGAUUUGUCGGAUGCGACCGAGAGAUUAUUAACUUUUUAUGCCCCUGGUAGGGUCGCAUAUAGCAGUUGAACUGUCCGUCAGUCAGUAUGUCAGUCUGUCUGUCCGUCCGAAAAAAACUUUAGCAUUGGCCAUAACUUUUUAAUAUUGAAGAUAUCACCUUGAUAUUUGGCAUAUAUGUGUAUCUCAAGGAGCUGCACAUUUUAAGUGGUAAAAUUUCAAGGUGAACAUCAUCCUUUAAGGUCUAGGGUCAAAAAACAAAGUCAAGGGAAGUAAUAAGCUUUAAAUGGACAUAGUUAUCUGACCUGCCUACUUAUAUAUUUUUGUUAAAUAAAUCAAAACGGCGCAGUAGGCGGCAUUGUGUUUCUGGCAAACACAUUGUGGUAAAAGGUCAAGGUCAUCCUUUACGGUCUACGGUAAAAAAUACAGAUUUAAGGGAAGUAAUAAGCUUUAAAAAGGGACAAAAUUAUUCAAUAUUGAACAUAGCCACUUUAUAUAUUUGGCAUGCAUGUAUCUCAUGGAGCUGCACAUUUUGAGUGGUGAAUCUACAGUCACGGUAGUGGCUUUUAAUUAUUUGCUACUAAAAAUAGAGAUUUUUUACAGACAAAUAUUUUCAAGGGAAGUAAUUUAUAUAAUUAUAGAUCUCAUAUUUUAUAUUUCCUUACCAAGAAUUGAAGUUCUUUUCACAGUUACUGAACAGAUUUAUUAUUUUGAUUAUUUAUAACCCAAAUGAUUGAUUUUUCAAAGUUUUUUUUUUAAAUGAUAUUAUAAUUUCUUGGAUGUUCAUUACAUACCUGUGGACUUAUCUCCAUAGAUACAUGAUCAGCUCUGUAUAUGAUCUCUUAAACCACAGGCCUUGGUUGUCAGUGAUGUCUGACAUGGUCAUAAUUGACUGUGAGACCCCCACCCCCACCCCCCCAGUUGGAUUGGACAAAAUUCAAGGGAAGUAAUAACCUUUAAAGGGAGAUGAUUUCUAUACCUGCCAAAUGAUAAAUAUAAAUUUUAUUUCAAUGCGGUGCAGUAGGGGGCAUUGUGUUUCUGACAAACACAUCUCUUGUUUUAGCAUUCA